AUGGUAACGCCUCCUACAGUAGUUGCAUCUGAUGUUUCAGUCACAAGCUCACGGCUACUCUCGACUUCUCCUUAUCUUUAUCAACCUUAUGGAUCACGACGGGCCUCGAUCAACACAUGCCGUUCCGCCUCACCUACUGGUGAAUCGAGUCCAGGCAGCAGCAGCAAACGAUACGUCUGUCACUUAUGCAGUAAACGAUUUACAAGACCUAGUUCACUUACUACACAUAUUUACAGUCAUACAGGAGAAAAACCCUUCAAAUGUCCUGUGGGCGAAUGUGGCCGGCAAUUCUCUGUGGUGAGCAAUCUAAGAAGACAUGCCAAGAUUCAUAAUAACAACAAUAAUCGAUAG